AUGGCACACUUCGUCCCUGCGAAAAGAGAUUCACAGCCGCAGAUACUGUGGAUGUACUCGCCGACCGCCUUAUACGUUGCCGUGGGCUACCUGACGCACUCAUCUCUGACCGCGAUCCCUAUUUCGAGUCUGAUCCUUGGCACCAUCUGUAAGCAGUACGCAGACACACACCGCCGCGCAGUGGAGUAUGCGGUUGGCGACAAGGAUUGGCUGAGCAGCAAGCACAUUCCCGCCCUCAACACAUGCCCUAAGUUUGAACCCCGUUUCCAUGGACCUUUCGCUAUUGCUGAACGCAUUGACGGCCUGGCGUUACCUCCUACGUACGAAUGCCCUGAUGUCUUUCAUUUUUCCCAGUUAGUUCCUGACCGCCCAGGCGCCCAGGAGCUGGAGCCUCAGGAGGCUGUUGUGCGGUGGCACCCCACCCGAGAUUCUGCAGGCAAUCCCAUGGAUCAGUAUGAAAUCGACUACAUCAUGGACAAGCGAGGGUCCGGCGACGAGGCCCACUAUAUGGUCAUGUGGCGGGGCGCGCCUCCGGGCAGUCAGCUGUCGCCGGUCUUCUGCCUUGUGGAGGGGGGUAAGGGGGAGCAGGAGCACCCCAUGUGA